GAAAAUAUGCCAAAGGUUUUGUUGUGAUAUGAUGUAAGUGUGGCGUUGGCAGUACUUCAUUUGCGCCUGUUCUAAACGUGUGAGAAUGUCGACAAAUAAUAAGAAAUUCCAGUUAAGACGUAAAAGGCAGUAAGCCGGCGCGUAUGGCGAAUGCAGGACGUCCAGAACCCUUUGCGGCUGGCGACGCAGAUACUGAUGUCGACGGCGAAGUAGUCGUCGACGGCGAGGUCGGUUUCGACUGCGACCGCGUGAGCGCAAUCGUACAAGACGCGAUCGAGUUCAGCAUCGGCGGCUGCACCUUCCAGGAGUGCAAGCUUCGGAAGUGGUCGACGGACAUCUUCGAAGCGUGCCUGGCGGGAUUGCUGCGCUUGCGCCGGCCGUACAAGUACGCAGUAACGUGCUGCAUAGUACCACGGGCGGCCGGCGUGGCGCUGCACGCGGACAGUGCUUGUUACUGGGACACGGCCGUCGAUGGUAGCUGCACAGUACGUUGGGAGAAUGCUUCGCUGUACUGCAUCGUCUCUGUCUUCGGCAUGGCUACUACAUCCUGACUAACUGUCCGUCCAAAUUUUCGUCACUGUCUUGCGAAUGCUUGUGGCUCGUUUUCAUCAUUAAUAAGAAGCAAGUAACUGC